AUGAGCCUCACCAAUCUCGCACUAGCGAACAAGGUAUUCGCAGACAACAUGCGUAUGAAGGGAACUGUAGAAGUUCCAGCAAAAGAAUGCAAAGAGCUGGCCGAUAAAUCUAACUACAGAGUUCAAGUCUGUAACGAGGAUUUCUCGUCACGUUCAUUAGAAGAACGGUCUGAGAGAAAGGGCCAGGGACGUCUGGCUUAG